ACUGCAAUGACGCAGCCUCGCCCCCCAGCGCUGGACACCUUCAAAUAAAUUCCCAUGAGUGCCACCACUUCUCAUCCCCCCCUUCCUCAUGCCCCCCCUUAGCUGUAGCUAACAGUGUGGAAGUACAGGAGAGGGUCUGGAGGGGUUCUGUGCCCAGUAACGGCGUUCUGCGUUUCUUUCAAACAUUGAUCGCAGAACCUUGUGAGUAAUGGUCAAUGCGGAAGAGUUUCAGUAAGCGAUACAUUUUUGUGUUGGUGAUUUCAAGGGUUCGAUUGAGAAGGUGGCUUUCUCCUAAAAACUCCUCCAUGCCACUUCAAAAUGCUGCGGCACGAAAGCUGCAAGGGAAGAGUAUUUGCAAAGCUGGUUUUGACAUUUCUGUGGUUGGGAUGUAGCCAAGCUGCCAUAUUGUUACGAGGCCACGAUUUGGCGUUGCUUGUCAAGGUUCCUUCAAAUCCACCAUUGCCAGUAGUCAGAGUGGCAUUGGCCCAAGAUAAUGGCACAAUUGAUGCAGAUAAUAGGGGAUUAAGCGGUAGAGCGGUGGCUGGUAUUGCCGUAGGUUCCGCUCUUGGAGGAAUCUUAGUUGCUUCCAUUGUCAUGCUUAGUUGUUGUCUGCGCGGAAUUAAAAAGAAUUCUUUCAAUCGAGAGAACCCUAGUUCUACAUCAGAAACAAAGACGCCUAUAAUAAGCGGGUUGAACUUAUUUCGCAUGCGGAACGCUCCUCCAAAUGGAUACGCAGUUCCACCGCCCAUCUCUGGGGUAGACAAGCAAGACCGUGAUGAUAUCUCAGAUACUUCAUUUGUCCUGCCUGAGUUAGGAGGCCCUAAUCCUCAUAAUAAGUUUGAUGGUAUGGAAUGGGUGGACAUCAAGGGACUUGACGACGAAACGUUGCAGGACAUCAGUACAGAUCUUCGCAAGCUCCAGCAACUGGGAUAAGCACUUUUGUCAACUUAGUUUCAACUUUCUGCUGACAGGUAUUGCUAGGAGAGAUGCAUGUAUUAUGGACUCAGCGGUUUCUCAUAAUAUCUCGCAGUGCCGAUUUACACUUGUUUCCCAAGUGAUAAGUCCAACUUUCAUGUCAGUUCAUUGCAGUGACCCCUGCAUCGCCUAAACAACUCUACUGAUUCGACAUACUGAAUCCAAACGUAUAAUAAUCAAAAGCAUCUAGUUUAUCAAUUCGUUUAUUGAAGAAUUAUUUUUUAUGAAUUGAAUAAUCAAUAAAAGAAUGCUUAUAUAUUA